AUGUUACUGCAGGCCAACCUUAACAACUGCCGCCGGGCGCAGGACCUUUUCGUCCAAUGCCUGACGGAGUGGCAGGUUGGCCUAGCGGUGGCCGCGGAGCCCUAUCGAGUCCCUGAACAUCCACACUGGUUCGAGGACGAGGCGGGCUCCGUGGCGAUGUGGUGCCGAGUGGGUCGUGGUGUGCCCCCCUGUUCCGUGGUCGAACGGGGCAGGGGUAUGAUCUUGGUAAGAUGGGGAAGGUUUUUAGUCGUUGGGUGCUACUGUUCACCAAACAGUGACUCCGCCGAAUUCGAGAGGUAUUUGGACCGGCUGGGUGCUAUGAUGGCCCCGUAUUUAGCCGGUCUGGUGCUGAUUCUGGGCGAUCUCAACGCCCGAUCUACGGAUUGGGGGAACCCCAGAACCGGACCUCGCGGCGGAGCCCUAGAAUCUUGGCUGGAGGGGCACGGACUACUGGUGCUGAACCGGGGGUCCGUCCCAACAUGCGUGAGGUUGGAACGCCCAGAUGGGCGCUGA